GCUGAAAUGUACACAAACAGAUAUUUUUUAUAGUCCGAACAGCAUGACCGAGAUGGAUCACCAUUAUUCUUGAUCAUCGCUGCUUUUUCUUCUGUGCUGGUAAUGCUGACUUCACUGGUGUCACUUGAUUAGAAAAAUAAUCUGAAAUUGAAAACGUGGGUUUCUAUAUUGUUUUCAAACCCACUCUACACAAGUUCGUUUCCGUGUUUUAACAGUUGCUAAAGAAAGCAAGCAAUCAACCAUGGGAAAAAGACGAUACAAUGAAAAAGGUCGGAAACACAAUGAAACCAUCAUCGAUAACAGUGCUACUAAGCAGAUCAAGUUAGAAUUUGGAUGUCAAGACUACGGCGGAGAAGAUGAAUCUAAUUUACUAGUGCUACCAUCCAAAAAACGUCCGACCAAAAUUAAAAGGGAUAAAGGAGUUGUUAAUAAAAUUCUAUCUAAAAAACAACGAAAACAUUUAGAAAGAAUUGUUGAUCAGAAAAAGAAAAAAGAAAAUCGUUCUUCUUUAAUCACGUCGUUAUCUCAAGUUCAAUUAACAAAUAAGGAACUGCAAAAUUACACCAAGUUAAGCUCUGUACAGACAAAAGGAUUGAGGCAACAUUUGAAAGAGCAAAGCAUUGGCAUAACUGUAAAGACAGCAACGAUUGAUAGUUCUAGUUGUGAACAAAAAUCUCGAAAUAUGUUUGGUAAGAAGAAAAAACGUCCAAAUUUAUUACGAGAUAAAGAAGUAACACUGGACAAAUAUGUUGAACAAUCUUCUAAAAACUUGAACUUGAUUGAUUUCGAUGAAAGUUUAUCUUCUGACGACGAAAAAGUUAAAGGUAUGGUCGAACAUUCUGUCCCAGAUCAACAGAAUACAUCUAGUGAAAAUCUCUCGAAAGUUACGGGUGCAGAUUCUGUCGAAGCUUCAUCAAUAACCGAUGCGGAAAAGAAAACAAAAAUUCAUUAUGAGCAUGUCGAAAGAAAAACCGCCACGUAUGUUCAUAUAUCACGUAAACCGGAAAUUCAAGCUGCUAGAUUAAAACUUCCCAUACUUGCAGAAGAACAAGUGAUUAUGGAAACGAUUAGUGAAAAUUCUGUUAUUAUUCUUGCUGGAGAAACUGGCAGUGGUAAAACAACACAGAUUCCACAAUUCUUGUAUGAAGCAGGAUAUGCGCUGCCAGAACGUGGCAUGAUAGUCAUAACCGAGCCUCGACGCGUUGCAGCAAUCUCAAUGUCGAAACGAAUUUCAACAGAAAUGAAUGUUUCCAACGACAUCGUUUCAUAUUUAAUUCGAUUCGAAGGCAACGUAACAGAUCACACAAGAAUAAAAUUUGUAACAGAUGGAGUAUUAUUAAAAGAAAUUGAGCAGGAUUUUUUACUCAGUUCAUACUCUGUAGUUAUAUUGGAUGAAGCACACGAACGUAGUAUAUAUACAGAUAUACUUGUUGGACUGUUGUCGAGGAUUGUUAUGUUACGGAAUAAGAAAGGAAAUCCCUUGAAACUGAUAAUUAUGUCAGCCACAUUAAGGGUGAAAGAUUUUACUGAAAAUAAAAUGCUGUUCAACAAAAUUCCUCCAAUCAUCAACAUAGAAUCGCGUCAGUUUCCCGUGACGGUGCAUUUUAGUAAAAGCACUGCUUCAGAUUAUAUUCGUGAAGCAUUUUCAAAAGCCGUAAAAAUACACACAAAGUUGCCAGAUGGUGGAAUCCUGAUAUUUUUGACCGGUCAAAAGGAAGUCACUUAUGUUGUGAAAAAGCUUCAAAACGCUUUUCCAUGUAAGCGAAAUCGUUUGGAUCGUAGUGCAGAGAGAACAUCAAGAGAAUCUGCUAGUGUUUCUGAGGAUGAAGACGAAAACUUAAAGGCAUUUGUCAAGCAAAAUAAAGGAAACAAACUCAAAUUGAAAAAUUAUACUUCGCGGAUCCACUUGCCAAAAAUCAAUUUAGAUAAUUAUCAAAUGCCUUGGGAUGAUACCGAGGCAGAUCAACAAGAUGAUGUAGAUAAUGAUGAUAUGUUUGCAGUAGAUAUAAGCGAUUCUGAGUCGGAUUGCAACGAACAAUUUGAUAUUUCUGAACCGAUAACUGAUCAACCACUUUGGGUGUUGCCUUUGUACUCCGUUCUUCCCACCGUGAAACAGCAACAAGUGUUUAAACCACCUCCCGUUGGUACCAGACUUUGCGUUGUAGCUACUAACAUUGCUGAAACGUCACUUACCAUUCCUGGUAUUAGGUAUGUGAUAGACAGUGGACGCCAAAAAACAAAGCUUUACGAUAAAGUAACUGGUGUAACGGCUUUCGUUGUAACCUUCAUUAGCAAAGCAUCGGCUAAUCAACGUGCAGGAAGAGCCGGUAGAGUUACUGCUGGUCAUUGCUAUCGACUUUAUUCAAGUGCACUAUAUAACAAUGAGUUCGUUGAUUUUGCAACUCCAGAAAUACAAAUAAAACCGGUUGAUGAUCUGAUGCUGCAGAUGAAAUGUAUGGGAAUUGAUAAGGUAGUGAAUUUUCCAUAUCCUUCUCCUCCGGAUCGAACACAGCUAGAAAUAGCUGAGAAAAGACUUCUACUUAUGGAUGCUCUCCAGGAGUGCAUCGUUAAUAGAGGCAAAAAAAGUCAAACGGUAAGUCGAAUAACUAAUUUAGGACGUACAAUUGCAGCAUUCCCGGUUGCUCCGAGAUUUGGCAAAAUGUUGGCUUUGAGCCAUCAAUAUGGUUUACUGCCAUACACUAUUUGUAUGAUAGCAGCUCUGUCGGUCCAGGAAGUCCUCCAGGAGGUCUCUUUUUCCGAUGAAUCUAGUAGUUGUACAAAGUGGCGUAGUAAAAGAAAAUCUUGGGCAGGAUCGAACAAUUCUCUUUUACUCGGCGAUCCCAUGAUUCUGCUUCGGGUUGUUGGAGCUGCUGAGUUUGCAAACAGUAAGAACCAACUAGAACAAUUUUGUACAGAUAAUGGUAUACGUUUAAAAGCAAUCAAAGAAAUUCGUAAAUUGCGUGUUCAGCUUACCAACGAAAGCAACGCUAAUCUUAUGGAUCUUAAUCUCACAGUAGAUCCAAUGUUGUUGCCACCUAAUGAUACACAGGCGAAACUUCUACGACAAUUAAUGUUGAUCGGAAUGGCGGACCGUGUUGCUCACAAAAUACCGGAUUCAGAAUUAAAAUUGAAUGUAGAUCGCAUAAAGUACAAAUAUGCGUAUUAUUUACCAGACAUCGAGGAACCUGUUUUUAUACACUCCAGUUCAGUACUGCAAAAGCAAAAUUUGGAAUGGAUUUGCUAUCAGGAAGCAUAUGAAAUUACGGAAGAAGGCAAAACAAAAAUAUACCUUCGAGGAAUUACUGCUAUCGAACCAGAAUGGUUACUUCAGCUGGUACCGAAACAUUGUAAUAUUAUAAAAAUUCUCGAUGAACCGGAACCAACAUAUGAUUCAGAAAGAGAUAGUAUUUUAUGUUUCGUUCAAGCAACGAUAGGGAAAUCCGGCUGGGUGCUUCCGAUAACGGAAAUAGAAAUGCCAUAUGACAUGACAAGAUGCCAAUACUUCUUAAAAUUUUUCCUGUCUGGGCAAAUUUUUCCCAAACUGAAGCGAUUCAAAAAAGUUCUUCUUUCGUCUCCGGAAGCUGUUCUGAAAGCGUAUUCAUCGUCAGUUCCACGAAUUAAUGCGCUGGUACAAACUGUGCUUCAAAAUGAAAUAUUCGACCGAAAAUGUUUAACACAAGUAUGGGAGAUUAAUCGCAAUUUUUUACUCCACGAGUACCAACAGUUUUUACCGGUCUCCUGUCAUCAUGACGUACGAAAUAUCUGGCCACCAAUAUGAUAUACAGUAAAUGUUUGUUUGAUUUGUUAAUUUUUAUUGACUGCAUAAACUUUUUUGAGUCUUUGUGAACGAUACUAUACACUACUUAAAUACCUGAUAGCUAUACAACGCUGAUCGUUAUCAAUAUGUAUAAGAAGAAAAUCCUGUUACGUUUAAGAUUGAAUAAUGUAUUGAAAGAAAUUGAAAUAUAUUAACGAGCUAGUUGUAUAAUAAGA